AUGGCAAAGUUGCAUAUGGUGGUUGAUUUAAAGUGUCACAUCCUUUUAAAAGAUGUCACAUCCUUUUGUGACAAGUAUGAUAUUGAGAUGAUUAACAUGGAAGAUGAGUAUGUUGACCCGAAAAACAGAAUAAGAAAGACCAACAUCACCAAUCGUCAUCAUUUUGUGGUCAAUAAUUUCAACACGGUUCUCGACAUGCAAAUUCAAGAGCUUGGAAACCGGUUUACCGAGGUAACCACUAACUUGCUUACGUGUAUGAGUUCUUUGAGCCCGCGUGAUAAUUUUAGUUCCUUUAAUAAACUAAACUUGCUAAAGUUGGCCGAAAUGUAUCCGUAUAAUUUUACUUUUGAUGAAAAAGAUAAGCUUAUCGAUGAACUCGGCCACUACAUUUCUAAUAUGAAAAGAGAUAGUCGGUUUGAUAACCUGAAUGGGGUUAGUGAUCUUGCCAAAAGGAUAGUGGAAACAAGGAAACACAUUGAGUAUCAGUUGGUCUAUCGUUUAAUAAAGUUGUCACUAGUUUUACCGGUUGCAACGGCUAGUGUUGGAAGGAGGUUUUCUUCAAUGAAGCUUGUGAAGACAGAAUUGCGUAAUAGGAUGGGUGAUGGAUACAUGAACGAUUCUUGCAUUUGUUACAUUGAAAAGGAGUUCUUACAACAAGUUUCCGUUGAGAGUGUAAUGCAAUGUUUUCAAAAGAUGAAAACUCGUCGUCAACAAUUUUAG